CCUUUGUGGGUGUGCGCGAAGCAAGCUGUCGUCCGUUGCUCUCUGGAGUUGGUCUCGGAGAGCUGUCGGAGCCAGGCUGCCAUUUUGUCACUGGCGGACAUUGUGCUUGUAAACUGGAGCGCGGAGCGAGUACGCCCUGUUGCUUGCGGGCGGGACGCGACGCCUCUGCCCUAGAGCCGCCGUUGCCCUUUGGGCGGAUCCGGCGAGGAAAGGGAAAAGCCCCUGGGAAGAGGCCGCGGAGUUCGCCUGACGACCUUAGAUAGAUGCGCGGUGUGUUUCCUCUCCUCCCCUGAGAAGCCGAGUCGCUCUCGCAGGUUCAUGCGCCUCAGACGGGCCUGUUAAGUUGAUUUCACAGACUUUAUCAUCUUCCAGGAAGAAACAGGUGAUUAUUGCUGUGGGUUGAGCUCAGAAUGGCUGUAGUCAUCCGUUUACAGGGGCUUCCUGUUGUUGCGGGUUCUGCAGAUAUUCGCCGUUUCUUCUCAGGAUUGAAUAUUCCUGAUGGAGGUGUACAUAUCAUUGGAGGAGAAAAGGGGGAAGCUUUUAUUAUAUUUUCAACAGAUGAAGAUGCACGACAAGCAAUGAGCUAUUCAGGAGGAUAUAUUAAAAAUUCACGUAUAGAAUUUUUUCUCAGCAGCAAGACAGAAAUGCAGAAUAUAAUAGAAAUUAAUAGGAAAAGAUUUGAUCGUGGUGGAAGAGAGACACUAACUGGGUCAAGGCGAAUAGCUUCCAGCAACUCAGGAGCAUCUGGAGUUGGCAACCUUUCAAAUUUAGUUGCAGCUAUUAAGAAAGGAAUUAGUAAAUCAAGGUAUGAUUCUAUGGAUCCUGUGGAGCGUGACUUUCAUUCAAAUGGCUCUCGACACAGCAAUAUGGAUGUUUCAAAAUCAAAUUAUAAUCAGCCCAGGGGAGAGUCAGACAAUGUUUACGUAUUUAUACGUGGCAUGCCUUAUUCUUCAACAGAAGAUGAUGUGUUCACUUUCUUCUCUGGAUUACAAGUGGAGGAAGUGAUCCUGCUACAGAGCAAUGGUCGAAACAAUGGAGAUGGUGUGGUAAAAUUUGCUACGUCAAAUGAUGCCAGAAAAGGGCUACAACGUAAUAGGGAGUAUAUGGGUGCAAGAUUUAUAGAAGUGCACCCCUCUAAUGAAGGAACAUGGAUUAAAUAUGGUGGAAGACUGCAUGAAAAGAUGGAUUAUUCUUUCAACACUGAACAUUUUGAUCACAAACUGAAUAAAGAAUUCUAUUCUUCAAGCAGAGAACACUCAAGAAGAGAAUCAAGCUACUCAUCCUCAAGAAAACGCACACGUUCACGGUCUCCUCCAAGGAGGAUUAUGUCACAUACCCAUUCACAGUCUCCAACAAGGAGAGUUAUGUCACGUACUCAUUCACGGUCUCCGCCAAGGAGAGUUACAUCACGCACCCAUUCACGGUCUCCUCUAAGGAGAGUUACAACACGCACCCAUUUGCGGUCACCUCCAAGGAGGGUAAAAACACGUUCUCGUUCACCUUUCUGUGAAUCAAACCGAUCUUAUUCACCUCAUAACAGAGAGUAUUAUAUACAUAUUAAAAAUCUGUCUGCUGCUGUUGAGAAGAGAGAUUUGAUGGUAUUCUUUGGAGACUCAAAUGUAACUAGCAACCAGAUUACAUUCUUAAAGCCACAUGAUAAUGAAACACGUAACAAGGAUGCAGUUGUGAUGUUCAAAUCAGAGAAAGCCUAUCAGGCUGCUUUAAGUCUUCAUAAGCAUGGACUUUUUGGUCGACAAGUGCACAUUUUCCCAAUUUCCAAAACAACGGUGUAUCAGUUAACUGGAUCUUCCGUAACUAAAAGAUCACCAGAAAGACAUCACCAUGUAAAGGAAAAAAGUAAUCGUGAUGGGUAUUCUGUUUCAAAAACAUGUGUAUAUGUAAGAAACUUUCCAUUUGAUGUGACAAAUGUUGAAGUACAGAAGUUCUUUGCAGGAUUUAAUAUUGAUGAUAGAAAUAUUUAUUUACUUUAUGAUGACAAAGGAAUUGGACUGGGAGAAGCAUUGGUCAAAUUCAGAUCUGAAGAUGAAGCACGGAAGGCUGAAAGCUUAAAUCGUCGGCGGUUUUUGGGAACAGAGGUACUCCUAAGAUGUAUACCUGAGGAGCAAAUGCAAGAGUUUGGUAUUAAUGUUUCACUGAUGUCAGAUGAAAAGAUGCAGAGUCAUCUUCAUGCAUAUGAAAAAGAUGAACACUUCUACUCAGCUGGCUCACCAGAACCGUCCACUCAGAGUAACUUAAAGCAUGAUUAUAGAUGCCCAUCGGAUGAAUUUAUCUAUUCUCCUGAUAAUUUUAGAGGCCCUCCCCCAUUUACAGAGUUUGGCGAAGGUAUUCCUGGAAGUUUUCCGGAUAGGCACUUUAUGUCUGACUCUAAUUUCAGAGGUGGCUCAGAUCAUGUCACACUGAUUAAAUUAAAGAAUAUACCAUUUCGAGCUUCUCCUAAUGAAAUUUUGGAUUUUUUCCAUGGCUAUAAGAUCAUACCAGAAUCUCUUUCUGUGAAUGAGAAUGAAUAUGGUAUGUCUUCUGGUGAAGCUGUUAUUGCCCUGAUAAAUUAUAAUGAGGCAGUAGCUGCUGUUAAUGAACUAAACGAUAGGCCAAUUGGCCAACGUAAAGUCAGGUUAAGUUUGGUGUAGAUGAGAAGAUGCCUAGGAGACAAAGUGAAGACCUUUAUAGUAUUAAUACACGCAAAAUAACAGCAACAUUUUUACUUGGAAAAUGAAAGAAGUCACAUUGAGCUGUUUGUAAUUAGUUCAGUCCAAUUUUAAAGUUUCAGCAGACUUUUUAGAGUUGAAUCAGGGCUUUAAAGAUCAUAUUGGAUCAUCUUCACAGUUCUGCAAGGUGUUGCCUUGCAGUAUGCAUAUUUUAAUAUAAAAAUAUGGCAUUGCAUGCAUUUUGUUCAUUCCAUAGCUGCAUGCACAUUUAGUUUGUCUAAAUGAAUUGACACAGUUCAGAGCUAUUACAAAGCAUAGAUUGUGUCACCCAUGUAUAUACUAACAAGGUGAUCCACAGAUUUUGGAUUUUUGCCCACUGUCAUAUUCUGUGGUAUCUGGAAUACUUUUUGUUAAUAUCAGCUCGACAUUCCUUUUGAAAUAAAAGCACAUAAACUGUA